CUAAUUAAUGCAAAACCAAAACCAAAAAGAAAAAGAAAAUCAAUUCCCAAAAACAGGUUGAGUUUCAGUUGACCCAAUUGUCUCCUUCCUUUGGUUUACAAAUCCAUUCCCACUGACUUUUUAGUUUCCAUCAAAAUUACCCACGUCUUUCCGAAGAACACAUGCUUCAAAUUCUGGGUUUUCUCUUUUCCACUUAAUGGUGAAUGAACAGAUUUCAUAUCUAAGAUUCUAGAGAGGAAAAAUUCAUCUUUUUUUUUCGUUUGGUUUGGUUUGGUUUGUUUUGUUGGUUUCCAUGUUCGUUCCUCUCCUCUCCCCCGUUUCUUUUGGUCUGCACAAUUGCCUUUUACUUUCACCGUUUUUUUGGUUAUGCCUUUUCCUUUUGCUCCAAAUGAUUACGAGCCAGUUGUCGAAUUAAUGGCAUUAACGACAAAGAUCAUUCCUCUGCCCCCCAUCUUAACGGUGUUAGAUGCCUGCCCAGUUUAGCCUUUUUCGGCGAACCCGACCCGACCCGCCUAAAAUUCAAUAUUUGGUUUUCUGGGUUUGACUCUUUCACUCCCAAUGCCAAGGGGAAGGGGAAGGGGAAGGGCUAACUUUACUUUACUUUUCUUUCUUCUUGAUUGUGGUUGCUCGUAUUCGACGUAUACAUGUCCUGCUCUUGCUGUUCAUCGCUUCAUUUUUGCGUUUCCUUUACUGUUUUUCCUUUCUGCGGUUUCCUCCAUUGCAAACCAAGCUUCCCUUUCCAGCUUGCAGAGAGGUCCCUUUGUACUUGACGCUUUGCCAUACAAUUCCUUUCUUUCUUUUCUGACCCUUUAAAUCCUCUCCAGUUAUCUUAUUCAAUUCUCUCUCCAAGGAUUAGAUUUUUGUUUCUGUCUGCCCUUCUCCGCUUCCAUCUUCUAUUUUAUCAUUCCCAGAAAUUUCUCUUGGCCCACUCCACCCCACUAUCCCUACUUGUUAAUUACUCCUUUUCUACUACAUCUUUUUGGGGCUCUGGAUUUGUUGGGUUUUAGUUAUUUCAGACAACAUUUUGGCUUAUCUCCAUGCUUUUUGGGUCUCCAUUGGCUCAAUACGAUUCGCUUUAUUUCCCUUUCUGGGUUUCGAGAGGAAGGGGCAAAUCUGGGUCUAUUGAAGAUUACUACAUGAGGUCUUUGGAUUUCCAGAUGGGUAUGUGUUGAUAUGAUUUAGGACCUUGAACUUGAAGUUCUUUUGGCUUGGAAUUUUAGUCUCCAGUGGAUCAGAUAUGGCGUCUGGAAAUUCAUUGAAUGAUGAUUUAUACAAGAAGACUUCAUUUUGGGGAUUGUCAUUGUGGGUUUUGAUCUGCAUUUGCAUCGGGGCAUUUAUAGUUUUGAUUCUUGGUUUAUUAUCGAUAUGGGUCCUGUUUCGGAAAAAAUCCAAAAGACCCAUGGACAAGUUCCCUAUUUCGCAAAUACCUGAUUUUCCAAAAGAUAUCAGGAUAGACCAGGUUGGGACUCAAACUUCCAAUGACCGCCCUGAAAAUAGGCUUCUCUCAGUUGAUAUCAAGAGAAAUGAUGAAAACUCAGAGAUGAUGGUUGUGACCAAAUCAAGCGAACCGGAUAACAAUAGCCAAUGCAGUUCCACUCAUCAACAUGAAAAAGCUUGCAAUUCACAAUCAGGGGAAGAAGGAAGUUCUGGACAUGCUCGGAAGCAGGCUUCGCGAUCGUAUGGAGGAUAUGGAGGAAUUGUGCCACCGUCUCCUCUUGUUGGCUUGCCAGAAAUUUCACAUCUUGGGUGGGGCCACUGGUUCACUCUCAGGGAUCUGGAGCUUGCAACUAAUCGCUUUUCUACAGAAAAUAUUCUUGGAGAGGGAGGAUAUGGAGUUGUGUACAAGGGUAGACUCAUCAAUGGCACUGAGGUUGCAGUGAAAAAACUUCUCAAUAAUCUGGGCCAGGCAGAGAAAGAAUUUAGAGUUGAAGUGGAGGCGAUUGGCCAUGUUCGGCAUAAGAAUCUUGUCCGGCUGCUGGGUUAUUGCAUAGAAGGAGUUCAUAGGAUGCUAGUGUAUGAAUAUGUGAACAAUGGCAAUCUAGAACAGUGGCUGCAUGGAGCCAUGUGCCAACAUGGGACACUUACCUGGGAGGCUCGCAUGAAGGUGCUUCUCGGCACUGCUAAGGCGCUUGCGUAUUUACACGAAGCAAUUGAGCCAAAAGUUGUUCACAGAGAUAUAAAAUCAAGCAACAUUUUGAUUGAUGAUGAGUUCAAUGCCAAGGUUUCUGAUUUCGGAUUGGCCAAGCUCUUGGGCUCUGGAGAGAGUCACAUCACAACUAGGGUUAUGGGAACAUUUGGGUAUGUGGCACCAGAAUAUGCUAAUACGGGCCUGUUGAAUGAAAAGAGCGACAUUUAUAGCUUUGGUGUUCUCCUGCUAGAAGCAAUUACGGGGAGGGACCCAGUGGACUAUGCCCGUCCCUCCGACGAAGUUAAUCUUGUUGAGUGGCUAAAGAUGAUGGUUGCAACUAGGAGAGCAGAGGAAGUUGUGGACAUGAACCUCGAGGUUAAACCAACUACUCGUGCUCUGAAACGUGCCCUUCUUGUUGCUCUUCGGUGUAUCGAUCCUGAGUCAAUCAAGAGACCCAAGAUGAGUCAAGUUGUAAGGAUGCUUGAAGCCGAUGAAUUUCCACUGCACGAGGAUAGAAGGAACCGAAAAAGCCGAUCGAUGAGCUUGGAGAUAGAGUCGAUGAAAGAAAUAUCAGGCUCGGAGCAGACGGGCGGGCAGUCAGAGAGCCAUAAAUCGGAGACAAGCCAUGGAUAGGAAGUAGGAACUGACAAAAGGCAUGAGUAUAGUAAAUUAUUGAAGAAAUUGGUUUGUUUGUAGAGAGAGAGAAGGUUGAAGUUGAAUUGAUUUCAGGCCUACUCCUUACUCCUAUUGAUGAAGAGGGAGAGGGCCAUUCUCUCACACAAGACAAAGCAUUGAAGAGAGAGAGAGAGAGGGAGAGAGAGAGAUUGUACAGGCUUGUCUGAAGGACCACCGGACAUGGCCAAGUUGGCUGCCUUUAAUUUACAUGAUUGUAAUUUCGUCUUCUCUUUGUUGUUUCUUUUUCUCCUUUUUGGAGCAUCCUCUUUGAUUGCUGUUCUGUGCAUGGCGACCAACUCAAACUCUUUUUGUUUAUUUAUUUUUCCAAAAGAUUUGGAUUGACCA